AUGAGUAAGAUCCUUCAUCAUAAGGAGGAUACCGCACUUUUUGUGCUACUAAGAGAAGCAAUAACGAAGCUUUUGUCAGUGGUAUCAUCUGAAAAUCAAAAAUUACAUCGUACAGUACGACAGGUUUGGGAGAACAUUGUACAGAAUUGGAGGACAAGUUUCAAUGAGGGUAUUUCAAUUGAAGACACAUUUGUACACCAUUCCUUAUAUCCACUCUUAAGACCUUUUUUUCCAGACACAGUUAAUUGGGUAAUAAACUGGGCAAAUAAAGAAUCUCUAUCGAGUACAUUUGGAAGCAAACCAGAUUUCAAUGUUGCAAUAAGACUUUGUGAUCAUAACUACUUUGAGAUCCUUUUUGGAUUGUUUAAAUCGCCAAAAAAAGCAAAUACAAAAUCUGCAAGCAUUGAUUUAGUUGAUUUGGGAAAUGUGAUGAAAGAUUCAAUUGAUUUCAUUUAUCAUAACUACCACACUGAUCUGGAGAUCAGGACAUAUGGCCUUCAUGUUUUUGGUUACAAUGCUAGAAUAUAUGUGAUGGACUUAAAUUUUGAUGGUGUUUAUCAGAUGUAUCUACUUGGUGAGUUUGAGCUUUCCAGGAGCCACUUGAGCUUCAGCUUAGUUGAAGGUGCAAUAUAUCAAAUAAGCAAUCUAUCAAUGAUUGUUGAAGAAGAUAUAAAGAGACUGAACUCAUCUCCAAUGUCACCUAUCACUACUAAAUUGAUGUCACCAACGAUGAAGAUGACAAUGACUAGAUUGACAGUUG